UCCUACUACUCCUACUACUCCUACUACUCCUACUACUCCUAUCUCAGAUUAAGCAGGAUAUGUUCUAUAAGAUCGCCUUGCUCCGUUAUUUGGGAAGGCGCAGAGAAUCUGAUGACUUGACUGCUUUCUCCGGCGAAAUGCCUCCCUUCAAGACUAAAUCAAAGACAAAGUUUACAACCUUUGUCAACCGCGACAAUGAGGAAAACUUCAUUGCUGAAAACUGCAUUGUCAUGGACACCAAGCGCAUUGACGACCAGGGGGGUCAUGGUUCUGAUCAGAAUACAAAUGGGAAGACAAAGGGCAUGCCCGCGUACAGUGAGAGUAUGUCUGACCAAAGCACUCUCAUCCGAAAGACUGAUAGAGAGACUCAGGACCUUGAGCCCUCCUGUGGGUCCGAUCAGGGUGCUGUCACCGAAAGAUAUACUGAUAUAGAGGCCUUCAUGGCCAAAAACGAUGGGAUGGCUGCCUGUACACCAUUUGUCAAAGAUUCGACCGGUGAAUGUAUGGUCCAUUUGAUCCAAGUCACUACCAUAUGCCUUGACCGUUGUCAAAUCACUGGAGUUGGAUCCUAUAUACCGAAUUCUGAUAAAGAUGAGAUCGAGGUGCUUUUCAACUACAGACGCAAAGAUUUUUGGGUGUAUGUCCGGUAUGGCUAUGUUAAGGACCGAGAUGACUUCAACUUAGUUGUACGGGGUGAUAUGGCUAUGUGUGUGCCAAACUAGCUGCUUCCUUUUCCAUUAUUUCUCGUAUUAUGUAUAAAUGGAAAGCCAUCAUGCUCUUUUAACUUGGCCUUGACAACAAUAGUGAUAUUCUGGGCCGUUAGAACCUCAGCUUGAAAAUGUG